AUGUGGAUGAUCCAGUGGUUCUACGAUGUCCUCUCGUCGCUUGGCUUGAUGAACAAGCACGCCAAGCUGCUUUUCCUCGGUCUCGACAACGCCGGAAAGACGACUCUGCUACACAUGCUAAAGAACGAUCGCGUUGCCAUCCUCCAGCCCACCCUUCACCCUACAUCUGAGGAACUCGCGAUCGGCAAUGUCCGCUUCACCACGUUUGACUUGGGUGGUCACCAGCAAGCCCGCCGGCUUUGGAAGGAUUACUUCCCGGAAGUGAACGGCAUCGUUUUCCUAGUCGACGCGAAGGACCACGAGCGUCUGACCGAAUCGAAGGCCGAACUUGAUGCCCUACUGUCCAUGGAGGAGCUUUCGAAGGUACCGUUUGUCGUGCUCGGAAACAAGAUCGACCACCCCGACGCCGUCUCCGAGGACCAGCUCCGUCAUGAGCUGGGUCUGUACCAGACCACUGGCAAGGGCAAGGUUCCUUUGGAGGGCAUCAGACCCAUCGAGGUCUUUAUGUGCUCUGUGGUUAUGCGACAAGGUUAUGGCGAAGGUAUUAGGUGGCUCUCGCAGUACGUCUAG